AUGAUAAUUGUGCCCCUUCUCUCUCUAGUUCUAUUGGCUUGGAGUAGUAAUGGACUGGCGCUACCUUCCGUUCCUUUCAGUGGAUUCAAAUCAACAUCACAAUCGUUUAUUGUCAAACUAAAGCCUGGACACUCUUGCCAAUCCCAUUUUUCCCGUAUCAAGGGAAGUUUGAACAAGGUCGAGUCGAGUCGUGCGGUCCAUUUCGAUCCAAGGAUCUUCAAUGGAUAUGCCAUCAACCUGGAUGACCAGGCCACAUUCAAGUCACUGUCUCUAUUGGAUUCAGUUGAAUAUAUUGAACCUGAUACCGAAUUCUAUGUUACUUCGCUGGCUACACAAACAGACGCUCCUUGGGGCUUACAUGCCAUCACCCGAUCGGUUCCGUUUCCCGCCAGCCAUGAAUCUUCUGCAAUCUUGAAUUACACAUAUCAGUACGACUCGAGCGCUGGGCAAGGCGCUGAUAUCUACAUACUUGAUAGCGGAGUCUAUUCCAAUCACACCGAUUUUGCGAAUCGCGUGGAGCACAGUCCCGUUUUUGCCCGUUACACAACGGAGACAUUUUUGGUCAUGGUAGGUUUUGAAGUCCCAGCACGUUCCUCGGCGGAGGCUGAUCGAGAACUUACGCAACUCGUAAAGGUACCCACGUUGCAGGUGAGGAAGGACCCAACUGUCGCUCGUUCAGUGCGGGCGCGAUACGCUGGUGCUAAUCAUAACAUGAUAGGAACCGCUGCAGGGACUAGGUUUGGUGUGGCUAAACAAGCGCGGGUAAUCGACGUCAAGGUAAUUACGGAUACCGGUCGCGGGUUUGCUUCGGACAUUAUUGCAGGUCUGAGCUGGGCAGCGGCACAUGCGAAUUCAACUGGGCGGCCGUCUGUGUUUAAUCUUAGCCUGGGCGGAGGCACGAGCACUGCGCUUGAUGAUGCCGUGAUGGGUGUUGUGAACGCUGGUAUUCACACAAUCGUGGCAGCCGGAAAUGCAGAUGUCGAUGCAUCGGGAUGGUCUCCAGCGAGGGUACCUGGAGUGAUUGCUGUUGGGAACGUUGACAUCAACGGCGUACGAUCCGAAACGUCCAAUUACGGCUCCCCAGUAGCCGUUUUCGCUCCCGGAGUGAACAUAACUUCGGCGGGGAUUAAUGGCCCAAAUUCAAGCAGGGUCGAUAGUGGCACGAGCAUGGCGGCGCCUCAUGUUGCGGGGCUUAUUGCCUAUCUCAUAGGGUUAGAAGGACAGCGCACCCCGUCCGAGAUGAAAACCCGCCUGCAGGCGCUUGCGCGGGUGAAUGUCCUGUCGAGUAUUCCUAACGGGACGGCGAAUUUGAUGUCCCAAAAUACAUUGUAG